CAUCAUUGACUAUCACGAAAUAUUCGAAGAGGAAAUUGAUUCUUAAGCAUCAUUCUUUCCGUACUGUAGGUACGAGGUUAUUAAUGACAACUUAUUUGAUGGAAAGGUGGAUUAUUCACUGAAGGAGAACGUCUACCCGCCACUUUCUCGCCUCGUACUCUCCCUCUCAGCCUCACUCUCCUCGCAUUCCUCUGGUGUUACUUCGCCGCUCGCCGCAGGGACUCGCUUACCGUCCGUUCCUUCCCCGACUGUCCCCCGUCCCCCCCCAACCCUCACCCUUCAGGACUCGCCUCAUCGUCGCUGGCACCUCCACCUCCCACCCAUCACUUUUCCAUCUCCCAUCACCAGUUUUUGUUUCUUUCGCACCACGAAAUGGGUCUUCCAGUGUGGCGCGCACCCUCUCCAGAGGUAAAUAACGCGACAAAAGUCGACCCUUCAGCCUCAGCGCGCUCGCCCAUCCGCCGCCGUUCUCCGUUCGCAGGUCGACGCGCCCGGUCCUCACGAUCCCCUCGAUCUCCACGAUUGCUCGAUCCUGAAUACCUCGCGACUGUGUCGCAUGGUGACCCUAUCCCACGUCCUUUGAGUGGUCGUCGCAGCGCUGCUCCCCCAGCCGCGCCUGAGCUGCUUCAGAUACCACGAGCCGAAAUCUGGACAACAGGCAUCGAACGUUAUCAUCAUCCUGCCGAAUCGACAGAAGAUGACGAAAGGUUCGCAAACGCCAUGCGCCUGCGCCGGGACACUAUUUACCGGACCAUGUACGACUCGAAUGCCUCAUCAGGCCACAGAGACACGCACCGCUUGAACGGCCAACUCGCGGCCCUAACACCAAACUUUGCCCCCGCUGCUGCAUCGCGGAAUGCCCGCGCGGAUGGUACCGUGGAGCGCAUUAGGGAGCGUUAUUUGAGUUCUAGGAGGUCGCCCUGGGACCCGGCGCGCUCGCAUCAUCCUAUGAGCGGAAGUCUCCUUCCUGAGAACAUCAUUAUUAUUGAAGACGCCGAUGACGAUAACGACAGCAAUGCAGUUGGGUUUCCACCUCUUCGCAGAAUGGGUCGUCGCACUAUCGCUGAUGGACCACUACCGUCGAGCUCUCUUCGCGAGUCCUGGAGCCCUGCCACCACUCUCGACGGCCUUGGCGAUCGAGAACGCAGCAUGAGUCCUAUCGACGACCACUGGGAUACAAUGCUCAGCACCGUUGCGCCGGAUCCUGUCGCUCCAUCUGCGGAUUCUUCUUUCACUUCUGCGGCGGCGUCGGCUUCCUUUUCAAACUCACACUCGAGCUCCCGAGCCGGCAGCUCGAACUCUAACUCAGCAACGUCAUCGCGCACACAUUUGACCAUCCCUUCGCGGCGAGGCUCUCCACCGAACGAGGUCUUCAUGCGGGCCUGUGACACCUCCGACGACGACACUGCGUCCGACACAGAAGAGGAAGAAGACACGACAUCACGUCUUCACCGUUCCUCGCUUCGUCGGAGGAGCCGACAAGGGUAUGCCGAUGAGCCGCCGUCACGCGACCCCAACAGGUACUCGCGUGGUAUUCGGGACCGCUCGCGCGAAGCGAGUGCAUACGUUCGGGGAUUCUAUGGAACCACGUCGCGCGACAGUGCUCACCCACCCGAGCAGCUCUUGGAGGACCAUGCGGACGGGCAUCUGGAACCUUUUGCAGAUGCGGAGUCGCAGACGCUAGACCAGGAACUCCGCGAUGCACGCGCGAUUCUCGAGAGGAUUGCUCAGCGAGACGAUGUUUCGGACGAUUUUUGGGCCUCGGUCGGUUUGACGAGGACACUGGCGGAUCGUGUCGAGCGACUUCAGCAACGCGAGCGACUAUGAUUGUUCUGGAGCUUUCAAUGACCUGCAGGCUGGUCAGGCUCCGGAUUGUAUUUCUUAUCUGAACGUUUACAUUUCACGUUCAUUCGGUUUGCUUAUGGGUUUCUUACGCCCUCUAAUGAUUAUUCGGGACCACUAUGACAUAGUGACGGGGGAGCAUUGCAAGAGCCACCAUUUGGGUGGCUCGUUCAUAUUUUCUGAGAAGCAAGAUACACAUGAUGAGGAUGAGGGAUUCGAUGGCGGAGCAGGUUUGGCUCCGCUUUGGGAAGUGGACGAUAUAACUUUCUGGGAUUUCUUUGACUGGGCUUUCAGCUAUGUACGCUUAUUUUGCAGCGAGUGCUAUUAGGGAUUCCAGCAUCGGGAGAUGCAUCAUUCUGGCAGAGAAACAGAAAAAGCAAUGGAAAAAGCUUUCCUCUGGCACGGUCAUCAACGUGCCUUGACCACUUCAA